UAUAAUAUUGCAGUGCGAUAUCUUGAAAAUGCAACGUAUCCACGCCCCACAGAUGUACGGUAUGUACCUCUUACACAAGGCGGAAAUGCGCUUGCAGGCCAAUGGUGGAAAUGAUAUCGAGGAAGUCCUGUACCACGUCACCGCUGAGUUCAACGCUGUGGAGUCGCUGAUUAGUGGACUCGACUGGAGGCGCAAUAAGCGUGGCAGAUUUGGGUGCGGUAUAUCUUUCGGUAAAGACGUGGACUAUUGCAACUUUCACGCCAAUCACAAAUCCACUAAUAAAGAAUGGUCAAGAGUAAUCAUUGUCAGCACUGUGCUGAUGAAUGAUACAUAUGUGGUGACACCAAAAUGCAGCUUGAUCAUACCUCCCGACACGGCAGACACGACGGUGAGCCCAAACGGCCACGUUUUCGUGAAAUACAAUGACUUUGAAUCUUACCCGUUUUUAAUGACCCAAAAACCACCCACGAGUCUAUGGGAACACGGCUUCAUGACCCAUAAGCCGUACCGUGCGGUAGCUCUAGGAUUAAGCGGGUGGAACUUAUAG